ACAAGGGGUGUGUGAAAAGGGACUUACGUUCGACUGGAAGAUGUUGGACUGGGAUAUUUGUACUGCGGCGGACCAAGGAACACGGUACACAAUGAGCCCUAUUGGAUUACAGUGAUUGUGCUGCUCUUUCUCAGCGGUGUGUGUGGAGUUAACAACAGGAUUAAUAUUCUAUACCUCGGGAAGGAAGGCACGAAAGAAGGAAUGAACGCCUGUCUUCAUUUGGUUUGAGUUCCAGAGGACGCGGGGGGGAACCGGCUGGGCUGUUGUAAUGUCAUCUCAUCACCCCGCUGUUCUGAAGCUCUAUGAAAGGGAGAGGCUGAGAUGAAGUGUCUCAACAUGUCAGUGGGUAGGGGGCUGACCCUGGCCUUCCCAGCUCUCCUGUGUUCCCUGGUGACCCUGGUGACCCUGGUCAUGGAGGUGGAAGGUCAGAAGGUCCCCAUCCUCAACAUCGCUGUGAUCCUGGGCCGCACGCGCUACAUCUCCGACCGGGACAUUCGGGCUCUCUGGAGCAAAGACGACCCCAUGGACGUCAACGUGGUCACCGUGUUGGUCAACGAGACUGACCCCAAGAGUAUCAUCACCCACGUGUGCGACCUGAUGUCCGGGACCAAGAUCCACGGGGUGGUGUUCGGAGACGGGACGGACCAGGAGGCCAUCGCUCAGAUAUUGGAUUUUAUUUCCUCCCAGACACUGAUCCCCAUACUGGGCAUCCACGGGGGAUCCUCCAUGAUCAUGGCUGAUAAGCGACCUGCAGAGGAGCUACAGGAUAAAAUCCCUCUCAGAACGUUGUCCUCCGGCAGCGACCUGCAGAGGAGCUACAGGAUAAAAUCCCUCUCAGAACGUUGUCCUCCUGCAGCGACCUGCUGA